AGCGCCAGCUGAAGGGGCCGCUGCGGACCUAGCGCUGCCGAGCUCCUCCGUCACUCGAGCUCCACCUCCGGCCGGCCGCUCCUGCCCCUGCCGCGUCCUCUCGCCCCCAGCAGCCGGGCCCCACGGCCGCGAGCCCGGACGCGGAAGGCAGGCCGGGCGGGUGGCGCCUGUGUGGGGCGGUGCGGCGGCGACUACUGCGGGUCGGGCCGGACAGCGCUGGACCAUGGCCGAGGCGGCCCCCGCUCCGACUUCGGAAUGGGACUCCGAGUGCCUCACGUCCCUGCAGCCCCUUCCUCUGCCCACGCCCCCAGCAGCAAACGAGGCGCACCUGCAGACCGCAGCCAUCUCCCUGUGGACGGUAGUGGCAGCUGUGCAGGCCAUAGAGCGCAAGGUGGAGGUGCACAGCCGGCGACUCCUGCACCUGGAAGGACGGACAGGGACGGCAGAGAAGAAGUUGGCCAGCUGUGAAAAGACAGUGGCUGAUCUCGGGAACCAGCUGGAGGGCAAGUGGGCUGUGCUGGGGACCCUGCUGCAGGAGUACGGGCUGCUGCAGAGGCGCCUGGAGAACUUGGAGAACCUGCUGAGGAACAGGAACUUCUGGGUCCUGCGGCUGCCCCCGGGUGUCAAAGGAGAUGUCCCAAAGGUGCCCGUGACGUUUGAUGACAUCUCCAUCUACUUUUCCGCUCCGGAGUGGGAGAAGUUGGAAGAGUGGCAGAAGGAGCUUUACAAGAACAUCAUGAAGGGCAACUACGAGUCUCUCAUCUCCAUGGAUUAUGCCAUGAAUCAACCUGAUGUCUUAUCACAGAUUCAGCCAGAAGGAGAACAUACUACAGAGGACCAGGCGGGGCCAGAGGAAAGUGCGAUUCCCACCGACCCCAGUGAAGAGCCUGGCAUCUCAACAUCAGAUAUUCUGUCUUGGAUUAAACAAGAGGAAGAACCCCAGGUCGGGGGCCCCCCGGAGUCCAAGCAGGGUGACGUGUACAAGGGUCCCUAUGCUGAUGAACAGCUUGUCAUCAAAGCCGAAGGCCUUACCAGGGCCUCCUUGUGCCCUGAGAUUCCAGUCAGCUUCCCUUCUCCACCAGCCACAGCAGCGAAGGACACUUUUUCAGAUGUGACUUUCAAAAGCCAGCAGUCCACAUCCAUGACACCUUUUGGGCGGCCAGCCCCUGACCUAGCAGAAGCCUCCGAGGGACAAGUGACUUUCACUCAGCUGGGUAGCUACCCCCUGCUGCCUCCAGCUGAGGAGCAGAUGUUUUCUUGCCACCACUGUGGCAAGAGCCUCAGCCAAGACAUGAUGCUGACACACCAGUGUGGCCACACUGGCGAGCACCCCUUGCCCUGUGCCCAGUGUCCCAAGCACUUCCCACCGCCAGCGGAGCUCGGCAGCAACCCCCAGGCCCACGCCAGUGAGACACCUCCAACCUGCCCGCACUGCGCCAGGACUUUCACCCACCCCUCCAGACUCACCUACCACCUCCGCGUCCACAACAGCACGGAGCGCCCCUUCUCCUGCCCCGACUGCCCGAAGCGCUUUGUAGACCAGGCCCGCCUCACCAGCCACCGCCGAGCUCACGCCAGCGAGAGGCCCUUCCGCUGCACGCAGUGCGGCCGGAGCUUCAGCCUGAAAAUCAGCCUCCUGCUGCACCAGCGCGGGCACGCGCAGGAGCGGCCUUUCUCCUGUCCCCAGUGUGGCAUUGACUUCAACGGCCACUCGGCGCUGAUUCGCCACCAGAUGAUCCACACAGGCGAGCGCCCCUACCCGUGCACUGACUGCAGCAAGAGCUUUAUGCGCAAGGAGCACCUGCUGAACCACCGGCGGCUGCACACGGGCGAGCGGCCCUUCAGCUGCGCGCACUGCGGCAAGAGCUUCAUCCGCAAGCACCAUCUCAUGAAACACCAGCGCAUCCACACGGGCGAGCGGCCCUACCCCUGCGCCUACUGCGGCAGGAGCUUCCGCUACAAACAGACCCUCAAGGACCACCUGCGUUCGGGCCACAGCGGAGGCUGUGGGGGUGAGAGCGACCCAUCUGGACAGCCGCCCGACCCUCCAGGUCCCCUCCUCACUGGGCUCGAAACCUCCGGCCUAGGCGUUAACACUGAAGGCCUAGAGGCCAACCAGUGGUACGGGGAGGGCAGUGGAGGGGGAGUCUUGUGACCCGCCCUCGCUUCCUGGUUAUCCCUGCGCACCCAGGGCCCCGCAGUAAUCACUAUUGGCACACCGAUGCGCUUGGGGUCCUAUGCACUUGACCAGAGACAUGCUUGAGUUUGGGAGCUUCAUAGCAUUACAAAAACACCACAUUCUGAACCCCAGAAAGGCCUGGAAAGGAGCCCGGCACCCCCAUCUUUUCAAAAAUGUGGCCUAAGCAGAAGUUGCAGAGAGACAGGACAGCGAGGGUGGGCCCUCCUCAUUCAUCAUGGGGCAGUGGGUAGAGGGUGAUGGCAGGUCUGGGUCGAGACAGGCGGUGGGGACAGCCUCCAGAGCUCGAAGCCCAUCUGAGGCAGAGCAUGUCUCAGCCUGUCAUUAGUUUCCUGGUGUAAGACGGUCACUACAAGAAAGGGGUCAAGCCUCGGUCUGUGUUCCUGCUCCUCCCCAGGCCAGCUAAAGUCCACUCGUGCUAACGGAAGCCUCUCCCCGAGUGAUAGCUGAAUACAGUCUUCCCAGGGUUCCCAGAUGAGUUCUUUUAAGUACAUUUUGUUAAAUAUUGGGUGUGUAAGAAAUUUGAUUGGAAAGCUUAAGGAGAAGAGUCCUUAACUUUUCAUGGGCCUGAUGUGCAGUCUUCAACCCUGCUGGCAUUUAAACUGCUAGAAGCCUCCACCGAGGUCCCAGGUGAAAGGCUGGGAGCGGGCUUCUCAGCCCCAGCUUCAAAAGUGAGAGGUCCCAGGGAAAUGACAGAACAGCCUAACAGUUGUGCCUGAGCCACAUUUCUUAAGAGUCAUUUAUUUCAAAUUCUUUAUUAUUUAUAAGUCAGUAGAUGAUUUUUCCAUUUCUGGUGUCUGAUGUUCUUGACAGUCCUCAGCACACUCCAGAAGUGUUAACGGAGUUUCAGAAAGUGCCUGUGGACGCCCAGCUUCUGUUUUUCCAGCAGAGAGGUGCUGUGUGAUGUGCAGCUUUCUCGAGCCAGCAGAGUGGGCUCACCCACCUGGCAGACCCCCCACUGGCAGGGGGCAGACUGAGGGGCCUCACAGAUCCCCAAGAUUUAAGCCACAGUCAGGGAUGGCCUCUGCCUGCUGAUUGUGCUUGUAGGGACCUUUGCCACCAUGCGUCCUUCUGUCACAGUCAUUCAGUUACCUGGGAGCAUUUGAAUCUUUUCUGCACCGAAGUGGCUUUGCAAUUGGGUGUAAGUCCCUUUCUUUCCUUUUAUAGAGCUCAGACUUUUGUCUGCAAAAUGAGGCUGGUGAAAGGGGAAAAGUGAGCUGCUAAGGAAAUUUUUUUAAAUCUUGUGAUACAUUUCUCCUCCUGCCAAAAUCCUAUCUCUGCCUCUGGCUUCUAUCCAGGCAACGCCAAAUAAGCAGCAAAAUCAAAGCAGACACAUUCCUGCUGAAACUUGACUGAAAUCAGCUUGGUUUGUUGUUUUGUUCUCGCGUUGAGCCCGAGGUGGAAGACGGAGAAUGCAGAGGCGCUAGGUCUCAGGCAGGUGAGCUGUUCAUUGCCCGCAGUCCUGCUCCCCCUGAAUCUAUCUGAGCCGCCUCAGAACAAGGUCUGGGAGUAGUGAGGAGACUUUGUGGAUGAAGUGAUGAGGGAAGGACUCAUGGUUUCCUUACCGCCUAGCUCACCCUUCACCCUGUCUGGUUGUAUAUAGCCACCCUAGGGAAAAGCACUCAGCCCAGGUAGCUGUGCUCCUGGGAAGGCUCUGCCUGAACAUGCUGCUCUUCAGGAUAAUCGCACUGACAGCAUCUGCUCUCUGACAGUCACCAUAUCGGGGAUCGCGGGAGACCUAAGCAAUGGGUGUGAGAUCAUAACGUGAAGUCCAAAGGUGAUGAGGCAACCCAAGGGUAUAGAACAAACCGAUGAGGAACAGAGUGCUGGUGUGUCGGGGGCGUUCUAGCGAGGAUCUGAAUUCCUGCGCUGAGAAAAUUGGGGGUUCUGGGAAUUCCAGUUCCACGGGUAACCCACUAGGAACCUGAGCGAGAUCCAGCUGGGUUUGCUCCUGCACUCCCUAAAGAAAAGGUAGAAGAAUCAAAGUACUGCCUUUAGACGGUGCAUCCCUAUUCUGACCGGGUCUAAGCACUUACCAGGGCGUGCCGAAGAGGGGGUUCCAGCUGUGACGCUGGACUAGGUAACGGGGGUAACUGAAAGAUUUACCGAAGACACCGAGUCUCCCAGUGACAGAGGCCCGUGGGUUGAAGUGCUGGAGAGGGUUCCCACAAGCCCUCCCGCAAGGAGCUGUAGUCAGCAGGGUCCGAAAGUUCCACCGGAAGUGGACACGUUUCCGAUACCAGUGAAGCUGGAGCCGUGAGGCUGAGUGAAAGGGAGAGGGCGGGGCCACGUCAGAAAAGGUGGAGGUCGGUGUGGGCCGGACCUUGGCCCUGGUUCGGACCAGGAGUUCAGCUGCGGUACGUUGUGGUCUUCUCUCCCGCCACCAGGUAGAACAGUAGGCCAGCUCCAAAUCAGAGGGUUUGUUUGCCUGAGAUUCCAGAACGGAUAAGUAAAAUGCGUCCGGGGAAAAGACAGAGCCAAACAGAAAAGUUUCCGUGUGUGGGGAAGCGUGGUCCAUCAGGGGCUCCUGAGAGAAGCCGUGCACUUACUCAGCACUUAGAGGAGAGCCUGGGGGUUGGUGGUCAGGAGCAGACGCGGCAGGAAAGAGGAAGAGCCAGAGCGGGCUCACCGGUGCGCCCUCUGGACGAAGAAUCGGUUGGCUGUAGGACCAGAUUCACUCUUUGCUUCCUAGGUGUUUCAUUGUCGCCAUGAGAUGAACCUCUGGUUCAGCCACAGAUGUGCAAAUAAAUGGAAGUUGAUUGUCUAGAAAGAGAAAGCUGAUGACU